GUUCAUUUUUCAUACAUAUAAACUCACUCAUCGUCCUCGAAAAGACGCCACCGCACUUUCAGCAACCACCAUGGAUCCGCAGCUGUUAAUCCCGUCGUCGGCACCCAUCGACUUCAACUUUGACAGCACCUCCACCUCCCCGUACGCCACCGCACCUUCAAGCCCCAAAAUUUUACUUUCCAGUUUCUUUUACAGUGCACCGACUAGCCCAGUCGGCGUUUCUCCGAUGGACCCAGAAGCUGCUGAUGAUUUCCAAUCCACAGAACCUUUCGAAAGUUGUGACGAAAAUCAUGAACAGAAAAACUCGGAUUAUUACGAAGAAGGUUAUGAUACAGAUUUUGCUUUUGAUUUCAGUGGACAGUUGGAACGGCCAUUGAUCUCCGCCGCCGAUGAGCUAUUUUACGGCGGAAAGAUCAAGCCGUUAGAUCCACAACCACUACUACAAUCAUCAAAAGAUCUUACUCUUCCCAGAUCACCGAAGUUAUAUCCUGUGAAUUACAAAAAGAAAUAUUCUGAACCUUUCUCAAAUGCAUUGAAUCAAAGCCCACGAGGAAGAGAAAGAACGAUUACCACCACCAGAAACAAAACAUCACAGUCCUUAUCUCCGAUGAGGGUUUCCGACAUAUUAUUAGAUCAUCAGAAGGUCUCAAGUACAAAUCAAUCAUCUCCGUUUGGUUUCAUGUGGUACAAUAAAUGGAACCUCAAGAACCUAUUACUUUUCCGGAGCACAUCGGAGGGAAGUGCAGCAACAAGCGACGACCCAUUAAAGAAAUACGCGAUGAUAACGAAGGGAGAACAGGAUACAAGGAACUCAAGCUUUAGAAGCAGCGAUGGCGGUGGUUCUGUAGGUGGGUCAUCGAGAAGGAGGAGCAUGAAGAGGAAGGUUUCAGCCCAUGAAAUACAUUACACGGCCAACAGGGCAAUGGCGGAGGAGAUGAAGAACAAGACAUUCUUGCCGUACAAAUCUGGGUUGCUAGGUUGCUUAGGGUUCAGUCACAAUCUUCGUGAAGUCUCUCGAGGAAGAUGAUGUUCGUGUGAUUCAUUGUUCAUGGUAUGAAUCCGGAUCGAGUGUAGUAUUUUCUGAUUUUAUUGAUUCUUUUUCUUUGAUAUAAUGUAAAGUUUGUUAAAAGAUUUUACUAAUGAUUACAUAUUUAGAUGAUUUACUAUAUAUACCAAUUACCAAGUUAAAAUGAUCUACCAAGUUGGAAUCUUUGGUUAUUAGAUACAAUAAACUGCGUCUUAGUUUUCAUAUUUCGAUCCAAUAAUAUUCUUCAUAUUCGCAAUC